UAAUUUUUGCUAAUCCACGCAGUUUUUUUGUUGUUGUUGUUGCUUGGACGCGAGUGCAAUGACCGGCGAGUCGAACAAACGUGAGCUGCUGAGCAGUUUUUGCGUCUUCUGCGAUAACCUAGGAGAAGAUGAAGGCAAGGAAAAGGACAAAAUCUUGUUUUACCAUCCAAAGGAAAUUAGUGUGGACAAGCAAAUUCGAAAUAUCGGACUUUGUCAGGCAAUCAUCAAGUUUACCAAAACCUUCACAACAGAUGAAGCGUGUGAAUGUUUGCACACCCAGAAGACGAAGCAAUAUUUCUACGAGCCAGAACCUGGCUAUUGGAUGGUGAUGGCAAGUACAAAAUGGACUCUUUGUUUUUCUCACCGAAUGAAAGAAGUCGAGAAAUUAGUGUACGAAUACAGUACUACUUUGAAAGUUCCGAGCAGAAUUGGUUCGCCGAAAGCUGGAAGAGAAGUGGCGGUGGUCGACUAUUUGCCGAACGAUGUGUGGGACAAUGUGUAUCAAGCAGUGCUGAGGCAGGCGUAUCAAAUGUUCCGGCUGUUUUCCGGCCGAUUUGCAACGAUUGUGAGCGAAUGUCCGGCGGAAUUCCUGGAUCCCUACGAUUAUUUGCGACAACGCUUGGAUCACUUCCUUCCUAAGUAUCUGGCAUCUUUGCAUCUUUCCGAAGCUGAUGUAUCUACUUUGUUCCAAGGCAUUCAGUUCUUGCCAUUGGAUCCACAUUCCUUUUUGAAAAUACAUUGUCUAGUCAAUUCGGUGGAAGAAGUGUUCCCGGGUAUUGUUCGUUCCAUAUUUUUCUACGACGAUUUUUUAGUGUGGAGCGGUUUGGAAAUGGAGGAUAUGCAAGUGAUGUAUCGGUAUCUGACAACAGGCCUGUUUCCUUCAGCCGGACGAGCUCACGAAGCUGCUGGCUAUUUAGGACCAGCUUUGGCAGCACCCAAAGGAUUUUUCAUGACGGGACCGAGUGAUUUGUCCAAUGCUGAUAAUCUUGGGAAGAUCCCCCGAGUCAUUGUGAGAGACAUUGGGAAAGGACCCGAUUUUCCACCCGAAGAAGACCCCGGAGGAAAAUACGGAGAGGAACAUCAGUUGAUUGUUUACCGAGCAAAAGAUACGACCAUUUGUUUCCUCUUUGAAGGGUCUCAGGAGAUGGAUAUCAACCUGUUCAGGAAACUAGACGCAUUCCUGGGACACCAGUUAGCCGGGCUCAGCGACGAAAUAACGGAAAGCAUCCGUAGGAAAUCGCAGAACACGAUGUCCUCAGAUUCUGUGAUGUUCAAGUACGUCUACUUCAAUGCUGUCAAUUGCGCCAUGAAGAGUACCAUGGCUGUGGACGCUGCGAGGAAACCCGUUCCCACGGGACCCGUGGACUCCUUCGUCACCGGCAGUCCACCGACUGAAGUACUCAAAUUCUUCCCGCAGCUGCACCAGGAUUUGCACUACUUCGGUCCGAAUGCGGAAAUGAGCGUGAAAUUGCACAACGAUUACUGGGUUGUCGCGAAGAAGGCUGAUCAAAGAGAAGUUUACAUUGUGAUGAGCCAACGGAACAUGACGCUUCUGGAAACGUCGGAUGAAUUGAACCGGUUGUUCGCGAGUCAGUUCAGCAAUAUUUUU